CCUCGUGCCAAACCACUCCCACCUCCCGCCCCGAGAUAGUUGCUUGUUUCGCUCCGUGAGAGGGACACACACCAAUGGCCAAGAAGCUUUUCAUCACCGCCGCGCUUGCGGCUGCCGUGUUGGCGGCCCCCGUCAUUGAGGAGCGCCAGAACUGCGGCGCUGUGUGGACUCAAUGCGGCGGUAACGGGUGGCAAGGUCCCACAUGCUGCGCCUCGGGCUCGACCUGCGUUGCGCAGAACGAGUGGUACUCUCAGUGCCUGCCCAACAGCCAGGUGACGAGUUCCACCACUCCGUCGUCGACUUCCACCUCGCAGCGCAGCACCAGCACCUCCAGCAGCACCACCAGGAGCGGCAGCUCCUCCUCCUCCUCCACCACGCCCCCGCCCGUCUCCAGCCCCGUGACCAGCAUUCCCGGCGGUGCGACCUCCACGGCGAGCUACUCUGGCAACCCCUUCUCGGGCGUCCGGCUCUUCGCCAACGACUACUACAGGUCCGAGGUCCACAAUCUCGCCAUUCCUAGCAUGACUGGUACUCUGGCGGCCAAGGCUUCCGCCGUCGCCGAAGUCCCUAGCUUCCAGUGGCUCGACCGGAACGUCACCAUCGACACCCUGAUGGUCCAGACUCUGUCCCAGGUCCGGGCUCUCAAUAAGGCCGGUGCCAAUCCUCCCUAUGCUGCCCAACUCGUCGUCUACGACCUCCCCGACCGUGACUGUGCCGCCGCUGCGUCCAACGGCGAGUUUUCGAUUGCAAACGGCGGCGCCGCCAACUACAGGAGCUACAUCGACGCUAUCCGCAAGCACAUCAUUGAGUACUCGGACAUCCGGAUCAUCCUGGUUAUCGAGCCCGACUCGAUGGCCAACAUGGUGACCAACAUGAACGUGGCCAAGUGCAGCAACGCCGCGUCGACGUACCACGAGUUGACCGUGUACGCGCUCAAGCAGCUGAACCUGCCCAACGUCGCCAUGUAUCUCGACGCCGGCCACGCCGGCUGGCUCGGCUGGCCCGCCAACAUCCAGCCCGCCGCCGAGCUGUUUGCCGGCAUCUACAAUGAUGCCGGCAAGCCGGCUGCCGUCCGCGGCCUGGCCACUAACGUCGCCAACUACAACGCCUGGAGCAUCGCUUCGGCCCCGUCGUACACGUCGCCUAACCCUAACUACGACGAGAAGCACUACAUCGAGGCCUUCAGCCCGCUCUUGAACUCGGCCGGCUUCCCCGCACGCUUCAUUGUCGACACUGGCCGCAACGGCAAACAACCUACCGGCCAACAACAGUGGGGUGACUGGUGCAAUGUCAAGGGCACCGGCUUUGGCGUGCGCCCGACGGCCAACACGGGCCACGAGCUGGUCGAUGCCUUUGUCUGGGUCAAGCCCGGCGGCGAGUCCGACGGCACAAGCGACACCAGCGCCGCCCGCUACGACUACCACUGCGGCCUGUCCGAUGCCCUGCAGCCUGCCCCCGAGGCUGGACAGUGGUUCCAGGCCUACUUCGAGCAGCUGCUCACCAACGCCAACCCGCCCUUCUAAACCUCGUCAUAAAGAGAGAGAGAUGGCGGGCAUGGGCCUGAUUGGGUUCAUUGACCAUGCGGCUCUUCUGGGGGUACAUAUUUUACCUACCUACCUAUAAAUAAGGCGGCCUAUCGGGCUCUCGCUUCGUUUAUUAGGUACUUGUUCUUGUACAUACUUUGUUUAUACAUACAGCAGUUAGCAUCCACUAUUCGUUUCGACAAAGCGGAACUUUCCAGAAAAAAAAAGGUUGUACAUAAUUAGUCUUUAGGCUUCGAUUCUUUGUGCCUUUCUUUUUGGUAAAAAAAAAAUUUUUUUUGAGGCAUGAUU